GCCGUCGACUCGUUCAGUCGCUCAGUCGCCACACUCGCGUCGCCACGACUCUCCUCGUGUUUACUUUUCGCAUCAUGAGCCUGCAAGCCAACAACACAUAAAUCUUUCAAAAUGAAGCCUAAUCGGUUAUAACGUUUUGUUUAUCAAACCUUUUUAAUUUUAGAUCGAAUAUAUUAUAUUGUGAUAUUUAGUUAGUUUUCCGAUAUUGUUAAUAUUAUUUAAUAUUUAUCUAUAAUGGAUUCGAAUUAUAGUACUUAGUAUAUAUUUUUAUAAUUAACAUAUCAGUGCUCAAGAUAAUCUCAUUCCAAAACGCCCAGUAAUUGAAAAUUAGUCUGAAAGUUUUAAAUUAGAAUCAGUUACGAUGACAGCCAAAACUCGUUCACAUUGGAAGGAAUAUGGAACAGCACUAUGCGAUUGACCUAGAAGAUGCACAAAUCUUAGCGAUUAACCUAGAUGUAUGCCAUAAUUUUGUAAGGCUUUUUCCGGCUGUUUUCGUAGUGAAAUCGCAACGCUCAUCACUGCAACCGCCGGAACCUGCUACGGUUGGCCAUCACCAAGUUUAGAAAUACUUAAGACUGUAGACAGCCCAAUCCCGAUCACAGAAGACCAGGGAUCAUGGAUAACAUCUAUUAUGAUCUUGUGCUCAGCGCUCACGCCUGUCCCUUCGGCAUACAUGGCCGACAAAUUCGGGAGGAAAACAAGCUUACUUCUAGGCGCACUCCCGUUCAUCAUCGGAUGGAUUUUGAUAAUCACGGCCAGAUCAGUGCUCUUCCUCUACAUAUCCAGAAUAUUUUCUGGACUCGGAUACGGCAUCGUGUAUACUGUCGCUCCUAUGUAUACAGGAGAAAUCGCUACAAAUGAAGUCAGGGGAGCUCUGUCUACUAUGAUCACGUUAAUGAAUAAAGUCGGUAUUCUUGCCCAGUACUGCAUCGGCCCCUAUGUGUCGAUACAAGCCCUCGCCGGAAUCAACUUGAUCCUGCCCAUUACGUUCGUACUUACAUUCAUUUUCCUACCUGAAUCACCAUACUUCUACUUGAAACAAGAUCGCAGUGAGCGAGCAGAACGAUCUCUCAGGAAUUUGCGUUCCGGAGAUAUUAGAACUGAACUAAAAAAUAUAGAACUUAAUGUUCAAGUAGACAUGAAAAACAAGGGCACCUGGAGUGAUUUGAUCACAGAAGCUACAAACAGGAAAGCCUUGUGGCUUAGUAUUGGAAUAUUUACCAUACAGCAACUAUGCGGUAGUGCAGCAGUGGUGGCAUAUGCGCAGACGAUAUUCUCAAAAACUGCAAACACCAUUCAACCUCAUCACCAGUCCAUCGUACUCGGCUGCGUCCAAGUUGCUACUUGCACCGUUUCGGUCCUCCUUGUUGAUAGGGUUGGAAGGAAACCUCUUCUACUACUCUCGGCUUUAGGAGUCGGUCUGAUGAACGGCACAGUCGGAACAUUCUUCUUCUUUCAAGAUUACCAGAAAGCAAACGUUUCGAGUGUUGACUGGAUUCCUAUGGCAGCGCUGAUAGUGUACAUCGUAUGUUACGCCAUUGGUCUCUCGACGGUUCCCUACGUUAUCAUCGGUGAAAUGUUCCCAACAAACGUGAAACUAUACGCGUCUUGCAUCGCGCAUAUCUACACUGGCAUCGCCAUGUUUACAGUCCAAAAACUAUUUACGGUCGUGGGACUACACUUUGGUUUCUACACAGUAUUCUGGGGUUUUUCUGCGUUCUCUUUACUGGGACUUGUAUACAUGCUGUUAGCAUUACCAGAAACAAAGGGCAAGUCGUUCGCGUGCAUUCAAGCCGGACUCAAGAGAGACGUAGAACGUGACAACGCCAGCAAAGUUGUGACCGUCGAGUAUUAACAUAACCAAAUUCUUCUCAUUUAGCCUAUGCUUAGUUUUAAGGGAUAAAGUUGAAUGAAACUAAAUGUUACUUAAAAUUAUUGAUAGUUUAACCUUAGCGUUGUACAGUUUUUAUUUACAAAAAAAAGUAUUGUACAUGAGGUAUUCUACAGUAGUCUGUACAAAAUUGCUAUGAUGGGUAGCAGGGUCGGGACGGGGUUAGAUACCCCGG